CGGGCCCGCCAGCGCUGGGCGCCCCCCUAGAGUGGGGACGGCGCCGCGGAGCCAGGCACCUGUUCGGUGGGGCCCGGCGUGGUAGCCAGGGGCAGGAUGAAAGUGACCGUGUGCUUCGGCAGGACGGGCAUCGUGGUGCCCUGUAAGGAGGGUCAGCUGCGCGUGCGGGAGCUCACCCAGCAGGCGCUGCAGCGGUACCUGAAGACCCGGGAGAAGGAUCCUGGUUACUGGGUGAAGAUUCAUCACUUAGAAUACACAGAUGGUGGAAUCCUGGAUCCAGAUGAUGUUUUGGCAGAUGUUGUUGAAGACAAAGAUAAGCUGAUUGCUGUGUUUGAAGAACAAGAACCACUCCACAAGACUGAGAGCCCCAGUGGAAACCCUGCGGAUCAGCAGGGCCCAGAUGCUUUUGAGACAGAAGUGGCUGCCCAACUGGCUGCGUUUAAACCAAUUGGCGGAGAAAUUGAAGUAACCCCUUCUGCUCUGAAAUUAGGCACUCCACUGCUGGUGAGGAGAAGCAGUGACCCAGCACCAGGGCUACCUGCUGAUGCUCAGCCAAGCACUUCACACUCUGGUGGACAGAGCCUGAAAUCUGUUGUUCUAGAUUCCACGCAGAACUUGGAAGGCAGAGAAGUUAUGAAUGGUGUACAGACAGAACCACUAAUAUCACCAAAAACUAAGGAGGCGUUGAGUGGUAUGACAAGAAGAGUGGAGAUUUCUGGGGAAGGAGGCCCCUUGGGAAUACAUGUAGUGCCCUUUUUUUCAUCUCUGAGUGGAAGGAUCCUAGGACUCUUUAUCCGAGGCAUUGAAGAAAACAGCAGGUGCAAGCGGGAAGGACUCUUUCACGAAAAUGAAUGUAUUGUAAAAAUCAACAGUGUGGAGCUUGUAGACAAAACUUUUGCUCAGGCACAAGAUGUCUUCCGUCAGGCGAUGAAAUCUCCAAGUGUGCUUCUCCAUGUGCUUCCACCUCAAAAUCGUGAACAAUAUGAAAAAUCAGUCAUUGGACCUCUUAACAUUUUUGGUAAUGAUGAUGGUGUUUUGAGAACAAAGGUGCCGCCUCCUGUCCAAGCCAAAUCAGGACUAAAGACAGUAAAUGUCACAGGAACAAAUACUCCUGAAGCAGAUGCAUCCAUUUCCCUGCCACAAAGUAGGAGCCCCCGAGUACCAAGACUAGGAAGAAAGCCUUCCUCUCCCUCACUCUCCCCUCUCAUGGGGUUUGGCAGCAAGAAGAAUGCAAAGAAAAUUAAGAUUGACCUAAAGAAAGGCCCUGAAGGACUUGGUUUCACUGUGGUUACCAGAGACUCUUCCAUUCAUGGUCCUGGUCCCAUUUUUGUAAAAAACAUUUUACCAAAGGGAGCAGCAAUAAAAGAUGGCCGCCUACAAUCAGGGGACAGAAUUUUAGAGGUAAAUGGCAGAGACGUCACUGGACGAACUCAGGAAGAGCUUGUGGCCGUGCUGAGGAGCACCAAGCAGGGAGAGACAGCAUCACUGGUCAUUGCCCGCCAAGAAGGAAAUUUUCUGCCCCGAGAGCUGAAAGGAGAACCUGACUGCUACACACUGUCCCUAGAGACAAGCGAGCAGCUCACCUUCGAGAUCCCCCUGAAUGAUUCAGGCUCUGCUGGCCUAGGGGUGAGCUUGAAAGGGAACAAAUCCCGAGAAACUGGAAUGGACUUGGGGAUUUUUAUCAAAUCCAUCAUCCAUGGAGGUGCUGCUUUUAAGGAUGGCCGUCUGCGGAUGAAUGACCAGCUGAUUGCAGUUAAUGGGGAAGCUCUUCUGGGAAAGUCCAACCACGAUGCUAUGGAAACACUUAGACGAUCAAUGUCCAUGGAAGGAAACAUACGAGGGAUGAUCCAGCUUGUGAUUCUGAGGAGGCCAGAAAGACCAAUGGAGGUGAUGCAUGUCUUCAUUUUCCUCAGCAAAUUGCCCAAAUGGCUGCCAGAAUCAUGA